UUUUCCUUUGAAAUCUUGCGAUUUUGUUUGUUGCAGAUGUUCAGAGAGAGGAGAAGACCGUCGAGAAAGCGAUCAAGGAUGCGGCCAAACGCAACGACAUGGGCUCAGCAAAGGUUCUUGCUAAGGAACUUGUGAGGUCAAGACGAGCUGUGAACCGUCUUUAUGAAAAUAAAGCACAACUGAAUUCAAUUUCGAUGCAUCUUGGUGAACUUGUUGCAACUGCUAGAACUGUUGGCCAUUUGUCCAAGAGUGCAGAGGUUAUGAAACUUGUUAAUAAUCUUAUGAAAGCUCCAGAAGUUGCUGCCACCAUGCAGGAGUUCAGCAAGGAAAUGACUAAGGCAGGGGUGAUUGAAGAAAUGGUGAAUGAUGCCGUUGACUCAGCUUUGGACUCUGAAGAGAUUGAGGAGGAAACGGAAGUAGAGGUCGAAAAAGUGCUUGCUGCAUUAGCAGGCGAGACCAUGUCACAGCUCCCUGAUGCUGUUAGAAAGGAGAGGAUAAAGCAACCUUCAGCAAGCCAAAGAACCAGCACAGAGGCAGAAGCUGUUGCUGAAGGAGAUGAUGAGGGAGAACUAGAUGAGAUUAGAGCAAGACUAGCUAAAGUAAGGUCAUAGGUUUGUACAAAACCUUAACUCAAGGUUUGUUGCAUUGUGAUGGUGUUAACUUAUGCGUAUGAUUUAUCAAGAUAACGCGUCUGUCUGCAUUUGUAUAUCUGCUCUCAAAUUUAUCGUAGUAAUUUAUAUAUAAAUAAUUCGAUGAUAUACCUUUUUCUC